CAGGCGGUGUCCCUUCCUUGCCCGGGCUGUAAGCCCCUGUCCAUUCGGUGCCUGGAACCUCGCUCUUAGAAGAUUGCGAGCUCUGUGCAUUCCUUUCCCCCGAGGCUGCACAAUUUGCUUUCAUUAGUUUUAUCUGUUGCUCAUCUCGUGGAUUCUCGCUCCCUUAGGAAUGUACAGUUUCUUUUCCUUUCACCUUUCUGUGUCAUUUCGAACAUGUCAGACUUCACUCGUUAGCUUGGUUCACAGCCAUCUCUUGGUUUGUUUUGUUCCCCAGUAUGUUGACGUUUUCUUGGGUAUUUAUAGAAACUUAACAGUCUUCUGGGGUUUUCGUUAGGGUGAGAGGAAAUCUCCUUUGACAGCCAAGUAUCGAACAGUUAGUAUAAACCAGGCGUCCAUCUGCUGGGGGGAGAGUGAUUGUCGAUGAGAACCUUCCCAGCCUGGUGGAGAUUGACAGGUGAACAGGUGAUUCAUCUCUCAGGGUUAGUGCUGUAACGGGGCCAAGUUCAAUUCUGUGAUGUGUGAGCUAACGACAACCUCGGUGGAAGGCCAGCAUUGCUACACUUUUAAUUGGCCUUGAAGGAUAAUGGGAUUUCUUUGGGGAGGAAAGAACGGAAGAGCAUUGCUCACAAAGAGAAGAGCAUGUGCUGAGGCACCAAACUUUGCUGUGUGUUCGGGGGAAGAAGAACGUAUAGGGCAGUGGGCAUUUGUGACAGUUCAGUAGGUUGGGAAACGCAGUUUGACAAAACCACUUGUAUAUUUUGCUAAGGGGUUUUUCGGGAGCAGUUAUUUUGUGGAGAUUUCAGAAGUCUAGAAGCACUUUUUUUUUCCCCCCAAGUUUGGAAAAAUAAGUUACUGGCCUGUGAGAUUCUGCUCCACAAUAACAACUGACUUUGGAGGGGAGGAAGGGAGAUUUUUCUCCUAGGACUUUAAAAUUUUUUACUCAGGUGAAGCACAGUACAGCAGUCCUUGUUACAUACAGUCAGCCUUUAGUAUAUGAUGCCUAUUUUUAUAAUCACAUUUACUGAAGUCAUAUAACUGGUAAGUUUCAGAAAGCUACUUCAGUGCUCUUUCCACUACUAAAAAAUUGGGGACACUUUUGUUUUCAUUUUUUGCCAUGAAUUUUUUACUGUUGAACUCAUUUAAAAAAUUGAUUUGUAAAAUGUCUGAUAGAUGGGGCACUGUGAUUUAGAUUUUUUUUUAGCACGUUUACAUUUGCCUUUGGAGAGGAUAAAUACCUUGGGACUUAAAAAUGGUAGUUAUGUGUCACUCUAAAACCAGCAAACAUUUUUGCUAGACUUCUUUCUAAUAGACAGUUAUUGUCUGGUCAUAUUAUUGCUAAACCCCUCUAGAAACCCUACUUAUUUGCAAAAGAACUUCCUUGCCUGGAAUUUUGAGUACAGUAAUCUGACCUUUAACUUCUCUUGACAUGUGGCCGUUUAGCCUGCUGUUUUAUAUGUGGAAAUUUUUCUCUUUGUUUUUAUGCUAUGUCUUCAUUUGGAGCACUCCAUUUCCUUCCACUUGGUCAACGUGUAGAUCCUACGUGUGCUUAAGACCAGGAGUGCAUCUGGCAGUCCUCUAGGGUCUCCAGAGUGACGCUGACUGUGGACAGAACUCUAAUUUGGAGGGGCCAUGGAACAGUAUGCAGCAAACAGCAACAGUUCAGCAGAGCAGAUUGUUGUACAGGCUGGACAGAUUCAGCAGCAGCAGCAGGGUGGUGUCACUGCUGUCCAGUUGCAGACUGAGGCCCAGGUGGCAUCCGCCUCAGGCCAGCAAGUCCAGACCCUGCAGGUAGUCCAGGGGCAGCCAUUAAUGGUACAGGUCAGUGGAGGUCAGUUAAUCACAUCAACUGGCCAACCCAUCAUGGUCCAGGCUGUUCCUGGUGGACAAGGUCAAACCAUCAUGCAAGUACCUGUAUCUGGGACACAGGGUUUGCAGCAGAUACAGUUGGUCCCACCGGGACAGAUCCAGAUCCAGGGUGGGCAGGCCGUGCAGGUGCAGGGCCAGCAGGGCCAGACCCAGCAGAUCAUCAUCCAGCAGCCCCAGACGGCCGUCACUGCUGGCCAGACGCAGACACAGCAGCAGAUUGCUGUCCAGGGGCAGCAAGUGGCACAGACUGCUGAAGGGCAAACCAUCGUCUAUCAGCCAGUUAAUGCAGAUGGCACCAUUCUCCAGCAGGUUACAGUCCCUGUUUCAGGCAUGAUCACCAUCCCCGCAGCCAGUCUGGCAGGAGCACAGAUUGUUCAGACGGGAGCCAACACCAACACAACCAGCAGCGGGCAGGGGACGGUCACAGUGACACUGCCAGUGGCAGGCAAUGUGGUCAAUUCGGGCGGCAUGGUCAUGAUGGUACCUGGUGCUGGCUCUGUGCCUGCAAUCCAGAGAAUCCCUCUCCCUGGGGCGGAGAUGCUUGAAGAAGAGCCUCUCUAUGUCAAUGCCAAACAGUACCACCGUAUACUUAAGAGGAGACAAGCUCGGGCUAAAUUAGAAGCAGAAGGGAAAAUUCCAAAGGAAAGAAGGAAAUACUUGCAUGAGUCUCGGCACCGUCAUGCCAUGGCACGGAAGCGUGGUGAAGGCGGACGAUUUUUCUCUCCAAAGGAAAAAGAUAGUCCUCAUAUGCAGGAUCCAAAUCAAGCCGAUGAAGAGGCUAUGACACAGAUCAUCCGCGUGUCCUAACCCCAGGCCAUGUGAUGGAGCUGAUCAAGGCCAUAUUCCUCACAGUUUCCCACUGUUCCAGGGAAAUUGAUCAACUCGCCGAUGGGACACUGACGAUCACAUUCUGCCCUUUUCUACAGGACAGAAACCACUUAGUUUUUAAUAAGUGGCUCAGUAUUAUAAUUGCAAGGAUGUCUGGCAAACUGAAGUUGCAAGCCUUUGUCUCACCCUUUCAGUCAGGACUUAUCUCAGACUGUUGCUGACAUUGACAUUUCAUGGAUUGGGAUGAUGCAAGGGACUCAUGCCAGCCCAGCAGCACACACAUAGCACUUGUGUUGACUGGUGAUGCCAGCCAGCCAUCUGAGCAGAGGAGAACAACCUUCUCAACCUAAACUGCAACUGGGGAAGCUGCAGCCCAUUACUUCCCACAGAUUCUGAACAGUACCCAUCCCUCUAAUGGGAGAUCUCAGGCUGACUGAUGGACCUUUUGUAUUCAGAGAUGGUUUCCAGGCAAGGAAGCUCCAUCUCAUGAUAUGGAAACAAUAAAUUCUGAGAUAAUUCAUCUAA